AUGACACUCGACGCCACAUCUUCCAUAGAGCAUUUCAAUAACUGGCCAAAUGAUACUGGGUUCGAAAUCCUUCACGAGGAACGCGAGCCAGUCGAGCUCACUGUUUCCGGAUGCAUCCCUUCCUAUGUUUCCGGGACCUUGUACAGGACAGGACCUGGGGGUCGCCAAGUGAAAACAGACAAGGGCACAACCUUCGCCAUAGACCACUGGUUCGAUGGUUUCUCUCAGAACCACCGCUUCCAAAUCAUCCAAACAGGCUCCUCCGCGCGCGUCAUGUAUAAUUCUCGCCGGAGUAUUGACCCUCUGAUUGAGAACAUCUGCCGUGCGGGGAACAUGGCUGGCUUUAGUUUCGGACAGAAACGCGACCCAUGCACCAGCUUCUUCAAGAAAGUGAUAAGUGUAUUUGUCCCCGACCCUCCUCGACCGCAAGAGCAGGUCAACAUCGGUGUCACGUUGUCUAUAAAUCCACCAGGGCUCAGUAGCCCUCAAACUGCCGAGAACCAAAAGAUCCACGGCGGACAUGCGUCUGGUAUCCACACCCUCUUGGUCAAAACUGACGCCUUCAUCAUGCGACAUAUUGAUCCCGAGACGCUUGAGCCCAGAGGCGUCGUCUCACAAAAGACACUGCACCCCAAAUUAACCGGCAUCCUUUCCGCUGCUCACGCAAAGUCGGACCCCGUAACCGGCGACGUCCACAACUACAACUUGGCACUCGGCCGUAAUCCAACAUAUCGGGUGUUCCGCGUGUCCGCAGCCACUGGGCAGACGGAGAUAUUGGCAACCAUCACCGAUGCCCCAGGCGCAUAUCUCCAUUCCUCCCUUAUCACCGAGAGCUACUUCAUUCUGUGUGUUUGGAGCGGUCGCUAUGCAGGAGGUGGUUUGAAGAUUCUAUGGGAGAAAAACUUUCUUGAUGCAAUUUCUCCCUUCGACCCGAACCAGAAAGCGCUCUGGUACGUGAUCGACCGCAAGCAAGGCAAGGGAGUCGUGGCCAAAUACGAGUGCGACCCUUUCUUUUGCUUUCACACCAUAAACGCAUGGGAGGAACCCUCCCCAACAGAUCCACUCUACACUGAUAUCGUCGCUGACCUCUCCAUAUAUAAGAAUCUCGACGUCCUCAAGAGAUUCUAUUACAACAACAUCAAGUCCUCUUCCCCUGCCUCACUCGACUACGCAGGCGACAGGCGCAGAAGCUGCGACCUGUUCUUCCGUCGUUGGCGGUUACCUUCGGUUAACGCAGCCAACCCACGCAAGCCCCAGGAAGCUGUGGUUGUGCACACGGCUGCAUACAACCACUCCUGUGAAUUCCCCGUCAUUAACCCUUGCUUCCUCACCAAACAAUCGCGCUACGUUUACGGUGCCUGUCACCGCAGUUUGAGCACGUUCUUCGAUGGCCUUGUGAAAUAUGACGUGCAGACGCAAACAGCAACAUACUUUUCCGUACACGGUCACAGUCCUGGCGAGGCUAUCUUUAUCCCUAACCCCGUUGGGACCACUGAAGAUGAUGGAGUGCUGCUGAGCGUGGUCUUGGACGGGUACGCAGAUAAGAGCUACCUACUAGUGCUGGAUGUAAAAACUAUGAAAGAAGUAGGGAGAGCGAGCAUGGACUUCGCUGUAUCCUUUGGAUUCCACGGGGCUUACCGAUCGCAAGCUGUCGAGGGCCCAAAUACUGAUAUUUGA